GGUAUUUCUCCAUUCAUCAUUCUACUUUCAAAGAGUUUGCAUCGUCAAGCAGGAGCCCCGUUCAAGAAGUGAAAAAACGUGUCACGCAGUUGAUAGUUUUUUGGUGUGCAAUCUCCGAUAGUGAACCAAUCUUUUGAAAAGUAUCGAGUAAUUGAAUCAACACACAUCCGGCUUCUAUAGAAAAACCAGAAUGUUCCGUUUGCCGACAGUGUUACGCUGUGCCGCCGCCCGUCAAGUCGCGGCCGGUUACCGAGGCUAUGCCAAAGAUGUUCGCUUCGGACCGGAAGUGCGUGCCCUAAUGCUUCAGGGCGUUGAUGUCUUGGCUGAUGCCGUUGCCGUUACUCUGGGCCCGAAGGGCCGCAACGUAAUUUUGGAGCAAAGCUGGGGCUCCCCAAAAAUCACCAAGGAUGGUGUCACCGUUGCCAAGGGUAUCGAACUGAAGUGCAAGUUCCAAAAUAUUGGUGCUCGUUUGGUUCAGGACGUUGCCAACAAUACUAAUGAGGAAGCUGGCGAUGGAACCACGACAGCCACGGUUCUAGCUCGAGCUAUCGCGAAAGAAGGUUUUGAGAAGAUUUCCAAGGGUGCAAAUCCGGUAGAGAUCCGUCGCGGUGUCAUGCUGGCCGUCGAUGCUGUCAAGGAUCAACUGAAGGCGAUGUCCCGCACGGUUACCACACCGGAAGAAAUCGCUCAGGUUGCCACCAUUUCCGCCAACGGUGACCGUGCCAUCGGUGAUUUGAUUAGCGAAGCGAUGAAGCGCGUCGGAAAGGACGGUGUUAUCACCGUAAAGGAUGGCAAGACGCUAAACGAUGAGCUGGAAAUUAUCGAGGGGAUGAAGUUUGACCGUGGCUACAUUUCACCUUACUUUAUCAAUUCGAGCAAGGGGGCUAAGGUCGAGUUCCAGGAUGCUCUGGUUCUGUAUUCGGAGAAGAAAAUCUCAACCGUGCAGUCGAUUAUUCCGGCACUGGAGUUGGCCAAUGCGCAGCGUAAACCGUUGGUCAUUAUUGCGGAGGACAUUGAUGGCGAAGCUCUGAGCACGCUGGUUGUCAACAGACUCAAGAUUGGGCUGCAGGUUGCAGCUGUCAAAGCACCCGGCUUCGGUGAUAAUCGAAAGAGCACAUUGUCCGAUAUGGCCAUCAGCACCGGUGGAAUCGUGUUCGGAGAUGACGCUAAUCUGGUUAAAUUGGAGGACGUACAGGCGUCGGAUUUGGGACAGGUGGGUGAAAUCACGAUCACCAAGGACGAUUGCUUGCUGCUGAAGGGUAAAGGAAAUCCCGAUCAGGUUGCUGCUCGUGUCGAGCAAAUCCGCGACCAGAUCGCCGAAACAAGCUCCGAGUACGAAAAGGAAAAGCUACAGGAACGAUUGGCUCGCCUGUCCUCCGGUGUGGCACUGCUGAAGGUUGGCGGUUCCAGUGAGGUUGAAGUCAACGAGAAGAAAGAUCGUGUAAACGAUGCCCUGUGCGCUACCCGUGCGGCCGUCGAAGAAGGUAUCGUUGCAGGAGGUGGUACUGCUCUGCUGCGUUGCAUUGCCAGCCUUGAAGGUUUGAAGGCUGCCAACGAGGAUCAGAAGGCCGGUAUCGAUAUUGUGCGCCGGGCAUUGCAUCAGCCGUGCACACAGAUUGCCAAGAAUGCCGGUGUCGACGGAGCCGUUGUUGUCGCCAAGGUUUUGGAUCUGCAGGGAGACUUCGGUUAUGAUGCAUUGAACAGUGAGUAUGUCAACAUGAUCGAACGGGGCAUUAUUGAUCCGACCAAGGUUGUGCGAACGGCUCUUACCGAUGCCUCUGGAGUCGCCUCACUGUUGUCCACUGCCGAAUGCGUUGUGACGGAAGAACCUAAAGCGGAAGGUGCCGCUGGUAUGCCAGGCAUGGGUGGUAUGGGUGGAAUGGGCGGCAUGGGAGGAAUGGGCGGAAUGAUGUAACGUGUGUAAACUAGAUUCUAUCAAUAGCAACUUUAAGACUACCUAUGCUUAAGACAUCCGACACGGUGAAGCUACGUGGAAGGAUUUACCCGGGAGCAAAACCUAGCAAGUUGACAAUAUUUCCCGAUAUAUCCUUCCGGAUACCUUCGUUAGUUAGGGAAAACGCAUUUAACAGUAACUCGUUUGAACUUCUCUCGCAUUUUCACAAAGAAACGGCGCAGAAGCAGAGUAAUUAAGAAUAAGCCAAUCUUCCUCCCUACUAAGCGGCCUUUCUAUCAGUAACCGAGAGCGCGAUUGUGAUUAAACUGUGAAUUCAUGCGGUUAAACGUCUGAUAGAGGGUGAAUGUUUUAAAUUAAAACAGCCUACCAUCAGUAAAUUUAUGAAGAGAACUUGCGGAGCGAGUAUCCUUGAUAAGAAGAACAAAAUCACACGGAACGAAUAUUAUUUGUGUUAUUUUUGCAUACGAUUGAACAGUAUAGGAGACGAAUAGUAGCUAAGUUUCUUCCCUUUCUUUGUUUUGUCGAAUAAGUUCUAUUUGUACGCAUAUGUUAUUUUCCGACAGCUCUAGUUUCCCACUAGUUUUUAGUAAUCAUCGAAUUGCAUAGAAUUGAGAGUGCGAACUUAGUCAGAGAGUAGUUGUAAAGAUUUUUUCUACUGUGAACGUAUGUAUAUCCAUUAUGUUUGGUUAUAAAAACAAUUAGCAAUUCUGUAGGGUAGUUUGUAGAUGAAAAUAAACAGAAUCGUACUCCGGGCCCGGUAAGGCAAACACAACAGAGACUCGAAACCAGGUAGUUGAAAUUUCGCAGUUGUGAGAGACAGUUAAAAGACACAAAUGCCAACGAUAUCUUGUUUGGCAAACGCAUUGUACGAUAAGCCACACACACAAACAAAAGAGCAUUUAAUGAAGAGAAUAUAACUAUACAUGUUUUAUACAAAGAUGAAA